GCGGCGUGGGCGCGCACAUGGGGCGAGCUCCGGCUCUCGAGCUCUGUCUGGAGCGCGGACGGCGACGGCGAGGCGCCCCCAGCGCACCUCCUCCGCGUGUGCGACCAGACCGACAGCCGCUCGCGGCGCAUGCUCCUGCUGCCCGGCGAGCCCGCUCCGGACACACCGCCAGACUCGCCGCGCCGCGCGGACGCGGGGGACGGGGGCGGCGCCGGCGGCGCGACGAGCGGGGCUAGCCGAUGGAGCGCGCUGCAGGCGUCCGCGACGUCGGCUGAGGUUGCGGCGACCGCGGCCGGCGGCGGCGGCGGCGCGGCGGCCGACGGCGGCGGCGCAGCGGCGACCCCGUACCUGCGCAUCCUCGGCGCCGUGCGCGCGUUCAAGUCGAUGGGCUCGAGCGUCGUGAGCAGCGUGAGCGGAGAGAGUCCGGCGGUGGCGGCGGCCGAGGAGGAGGAGGAGGAGGGCGAGGAGGAGGGCGAGGCGGCGGCCGAGGCGGAGGCGGUGGCGCUCGAGGGCGAUUCGCAAGUCUUCUCGCUCGAGGCGGACCUCGUGCGGCCACACGGGCUGCUUCCCGGCCGCCUCUACCUCUCCGACUCGAAGCUGCGCUUCAUCAGCUCGGGCGAGGCGCCGAGCCGCGUCGCCGGCGCCCCGGCGUGCAGCGAGCAGGUGGCGCGCGAUGCAGCCCUGUCGUGGCCGCUCUCGUCGGUGGCGCAGAUGCAGCGGCGGCGCUACCUUAUGGUGCACACGGCGCUGGAGCUCCUCGACGACGACGGCGACUCGAUCCUGCUCAACUUCCGGACGAAGCGCUCGCGCACGCAGGUGCGCUCGUGGAUCAAGCGCAAGUGCUCGCUCACGUACCGCGACCGCGACCGGUCGGCGCGGACCGCGUUUGGCAAGAUGCUCUCCGAGCUGCAGGAGGCGUGGCAGCGGCGCGAGCUCUCCAACUUCGACUACCUCAUGAAGCUCAACGAGAUGGCGGGCCGCUCGUACAACGACCUCAACCAGUACCCGGUCCUGCCGUGGGUGCUCUCCGACUACGCCUCGCCCACGCUCAACCUGGCCGACCCGGCCGUCUUCCGCGACCUCUCCAAGCCGAUGGGGGCGCAGGACCCGGCGCAGGCCGAUCUGGUCCGCCAGACCUACGAGCUGAACCUUCUAGGCUCUCACUACUCGACGAUGGGGUUCGUGCUCUACUACCUGCUCCGCCUCGAGCCCUUCACCUCGCACCACAAGGCGCUGCAGUCGGGCCGCUUUGACCACGCGGACCGGCUCUUCCACUCGCUCGGCCAGACGUACCACUCCUGCACGCACUCGUCCUCCGACGUCAAGGAGCUCGUCCCCGAGCUCUUCUGCCUCCCCGACGUGCUGCUCAACCGCAACGGCCUCUCGCUCGGCACGCGGCAGGACGGACAAGCCGUCGACGACGUGCGGCUGCCGCCGUGGGCUUCGGACGCCGUCGACUUCGUCGCAAAGCACCGCGCGGCCCUCGAGUGCGACCACGUGUCCGAGCGGCUGCACCAGUGGGUCGACCUCAUCUUUGGCGCCAAGCAGCGCGGCCCGGCGGCGGCCGGCGCGCUCAACGUCUUCUUCUACCUGACCUACGAGGGGACGGUCGACCUGUCGGGCCUUUCGUCCGCCGAGGGGCGGCGCGCGCUGCAGGCGCAGAUCAAAAACUUUGGGCAGACGCCGCCGCAGCUCUUCACAUCGCCGCACCCGAGACGGCGGCCCGCCCCGCCGCCGCCGCCGCUCGGCGCGUGGCCGAUCUGCGACCCGACCCCCGUGCGUCCCGUCGGGGCGCUGCGCGUGCCUUCGGUGCCGGCGGCGCUGCACAGCGGCGGCGACGACUCCUUCCUUCUGCUCGACAUGGAGCGGCAGCUCACGCUCUACCGCGGACCGGUCGGCGAGGGCGCGCGUGCGAGCGCCAUCGGCGACGUCGCCGCCCUGCCCGCGUUUGCGCCGGGCGUGACCAUCGCUCGCGCCGUCUGCCUCGCCGCCACUGACGGCCAACCGUCC